CUUUCCUCCAUCAUUUCCGCGAGAUCUCGGGAGAGCUAGAUCAACCAAUCCCUUCACGGAAAACCUACGCUACCAGCCAAUCAGAAGGCGAAUGGGCGUCUAAAGUCGGGAGGCGGAAGACGCCGUUAGGUUUGAAAUUGCAACGUUGGCGCGGCUGAGAGAGUUGGGUCUGGAGACCGGCGGUUAAGCGGCUUCGCAUCAUGUCUUCUGUAGGGAAGGCAGCGGGGCUUAGGCCUCCCGGCGAAGCAUUGUCCAACAAAUUGGCAGAGGACGAACUGCCAUUGUUAGAUAAAAACAUAAAUGAAUUUUGGAAUAACUUCAAAGUCAGUGCCAGUGACAUCUGCAUUCUGGUGGUGGCAAUGAGAGAGACCUACAGAGACAUGGCUAAAGCGUUUACAGAAAAGCUAUCUGUGAAAUUAAAGGAAGAAGAACGAAUGAUUCAGAUAUUUCUGGAAUAUCAAAAUCAGAUCUCCAGGCAGAAUAAGCUCAUUCAAGAAAAGAAAGAGAACCUGUUAAGGUUGAUUGCUGAAGUAAAAGACAAAAAGCAGGAAAUGGAAGUACUGACUGCAAAUGUCCAGGAUCUUAAGGAAGAAUAUGCCAGGAAGAAGGAAAUUAUCUCCACUACUAAAAAAGCUAGUGAAGAAAGGUUGAAAAGGCUACAAAAAUCUGUAGACUUGUAUAAAGAUCGACUUGGACUAGAAAUUCGAAAAAUUUAUGGUGAUAAGUUGCAGUUUAUAUUCACUAAUAUUGACCCUAAGCACCCUGAUAGCCCAUUUAUGUUUUGCCUACACCUAAAUGAAGCAAGGGACUAUGAAGUGUCAGACAGUACUCCUCAUCUUGAGUGCCUAUCAGAAUUUCAAGAGAAUGUAAGGAAGACCAAAAAUUUUUCAGCUUUUCUUGCCAAUGUUCGGAAAGCUUUUAGUACUAUGGUUUACAAUUAAUGUAUAAAAACUGUUUUGUUUUCUUCCCAUUUGUGCAUCUCUGUUGAAAAGAAUUCUCAUCUAUUGUUUGCCUAUAAUCCAUCUUUGUAUGUUUAAAAUAUUUCUGUGUGGUGUAUUUCUUUAAAGUAUUUUAAUUAAA